AGAACCAACAAGUUUUGCUCCGAGAUUCGAGUUUUAUAGAUUAAAAAAACAGUGAUUUUGAGGCUAGACCUUUGCUUGUGUUGUGUUGUAAGUUGUUCAUGUUCAUUUUUGCAUUCUCAAACCAAGGAAAAGUCCAAGAGUUUCUCCCUUUGGUUCUGUGUUUUGAAUGAUGCAUGCAACAUAGUGUAGGAAAGAGGGACCUGAGUGAAACAAGUGGUGUGAUUCUCUCACAAACAUGGAAGAGAAUGUUAAGCAGCCAUUGUUGGAGAGGAAGUACUACGAGGACUGCCCAGGUUGUAAAGUGGAUCAAGCCAAAGAGUUGAGUGAGGGACAAGGUGUACCUGUUAGAAAUCUUUUCAUCAUAUGGAUGGUGGUGUUGUGUGCUGACAAACACAGUUGCUACAAGGUUGCUAAACUAGCGUUGCCCAUAUCGUCUCUCUUCCCCUUCCUUUAUUUCAUGGUAAGGGAUUUUAAUAUUGCAAAAACAGAAGCUGACAUUAGUUCUUAUGCUGGUUAUGUUGGUUCUGCAUUCAUGUUUGGAAGAUGUUUGACAUCUGUAAUGUGGGGUAUUGUAGCUGAUCGCUAUGGCCGAAAGCCUGUUAUAGUUAUAGGGAUUAUUGUAGUUGUCAUUUUCAACACACUAUUUGGCCUUAGCACAAGUUUUUGGAUGGCAGUUAUAAUGAGAUUUCUUCUGGGAAGUUUAAAUGGUUUGCUUGGACCAGUGAAGGCCUAUGCCACUGAACUUUUUCGAGAAGAACACCAGGCUCUGGGACUCUCAACUGUCAGUGCAGCUUGGGGAGUAGGUUUAAUCAUUGGCCCAGCAUUGGGAGGCUAUUUGGCUCGGCCAGUAGAGAAGUACCCCCAUAUAUUUUCAAAGGAUUCCUUCUGGGAUAAGUUUCCUUACUUCUUGCCCAACUUUAUAAUAUCAGCAGUUGCAUUUGUAGUAGUCAUUGGUUGUAUCUGGAUUCCGGAGACACUUCACAACCACAAUUGUAGAAAUGAAUCCAUAGACAAUGCUGAAGCUUUAGAAAACGGUGGCAGUGUGGCCAGUAAAGACAAGAUAAUCCAAAAGAAGGAAAACCUCCUCCUGAACUGGCCCUUAAUGUCAUCGGUCAUUGUUUAUUGUGUUUUCGCACUUCAUGAUAUUGCAUAUCAAGAGGUUUUCUCAUUAUGGGCUGUGAGUCCUCAAAGGUUGGGGGGUUUGAACUUUACAACUGAUGAUGUUGGUAAUGUUCUUUCAAUAUCAGGUCUAGCACUUAUCAUUUACCAACUUACCAUAUACCCAUCCGUGGAAAAAGCUAGUGGACCUAUUGUUAUUGGUCGCAUUUCUGGGAUGAUAUCCAUACCACUUUUGCAAAGUUACCCCUUCAUAGCGUUGUUGUCAGGCUUAGCAAUAUACAUAGUGUUAAGUAUUGCUUCAGUUUUGAAGAAUAUUCUGUCUGCGACCAUUAAUACUGGUUUGUUCCUUCUACAAAACCGAGCAGUGGAACAACACCAAAGGGGGGCAGCUAAUGGCAUUUCCAUGACAGGCAUGUCUCUAUUCAAAGCUAUUGGCCCUGCUACAGGUGGUGCAAUAUUAACUUGGUCACAAAAGCGAAUGGAUGCUUCAUUUCUCCCAGGCACCCAUAUGGUCUUCUUUGCCUUGAACAUAGUUGAAGCACUUGGAUUACUAAUGUUGUUCAAACCAUUCCUAGUUGAAAAGAACAAAACGCACUCAAAUCAGUUACAUUGAUACCAGUCAAUUUUUCUUAAGAUCAUGUAGCAUCUCUCUAAGCUGUUGUUGCCUACAUAUAUAUACUUAUAUUAUAUAUAAAUAUUAAUAAUUUAAUUAUGUAA